AGAAGUCCAGCAGAGUAAAGAUGGCGGAGCGCUGUGAUUACGGACCAGAAAUGUUGCAUUAGAGUCCCGUGUAGAGCCCGGUGGUGCUGCUGUGUUUGUGCCGGUGCCGGUGAGAGGAUGGCGCACCUUUACCUGCGGCUGUCAGCCGGCUGUAGGAACACCUUCCGGCGGCUGCUGCCCUCCAACGCUCCGGCCAGGCUGGCGAUGUAUACGACCACGGCGGAGGUGGCGAGGGGGCGGAGCCUGCUGAGUGACCUGCUGGGAGCCUAUCAGAGGCUGAGCUCCAGACCUCCCAAAGGUUUUGAGAAAUAUUUCCCAGAAGGUCAGAAAACUCCAAAAACCACGGAAGCUGAAGCAGCAACCAAAGAAGCCAAACCUGCCGACGCACAGAAAGCUUCUGGGAAGUCUGGAGGAGGAGGAGGAGGAGGAGGAGGAGGAGGAGGAGGAGGAGGAGGAGGGAAACGAGGAGGGCGUAGGGAAGAUUCCCACUGGUACACCCGUCUGCAGAAGGGAGACGUCCCCUGGGAUGAUAAGGAGUUCAGGAUGUACCUGCUGAGCGGAGCGGCGUUCUGGACAACCGUCACGUAUUACGUCUUCUUCAGGGACGGAGGACGAGAAGUCACCUGGAAGGACUUUGUUAACAACUACCUGACCAGAGGAGUGGUGGACCGGUUGGAGGUGGUCAACAAGCGCUACGUUAAAGUGGUCUUCUCUUCAGGGCAGACGCCAGUGGACGGGUAUGUGUGGUUCAACAUCGGCAGCGUGGACACGUUUGAGAGGAAUCUGGAGACGGCGCAGUACGAACUCGGCAUCGAGGGAGAAAACAGACUGCCGGUGGUUUAUUCCACCGAGAGCGACGGGACGUUCCUACUGAGCAUGCUCCCCACGGUGCUGAUCAUUGGCUUCCUGCUAGUGAUGCUGCGGCGAGGGGGGGUGGGGGCAGGGGGGCGGCCCGGCCGCGGGAUGGGGGGGCUGUUCAGCGUUUCCGAGACGACGGCGAAGAUCCUGAAGGACGAGAUCGACGUGAAGUUCAAAGACGUGGCCGGCUGCGAGGAAGCCAAGAUGGAGAUCAUGGAGUUCGUCAACUUCCUGAAGAACCCCAAACAGUACCAGGACCUGGGCGCCAAGAUACCCAAGGGAGCCAUCCUGACGGGUCCUCCAGGAACAGGAAAGACUCUUCUGGCCAAAGCGACGGCCGGCGAGGCCGACGUGCCGUUCAUCACCGUCAACGGCUCCGAGUUCCUGGAGAUGUUCGUGGGCGUCGGCCCCGCUAGGGUGCGAGACCUGUUCGUCAUGGCGAGGAAGAACGCUCCCUGCAUCCUCUUCAUCGACGAGAUCGACGCCGUCGGACGCAAGCGAGGACGAGGGAACUUCGGAGGACAGAGCGAGCAGGAGAACACGCUGAACCAGCUGCUGGUGGAGAUGGACGGGUUCAACACAGCAACCAACGUGGUCGUUUUGGCGGGAACCAACCGGCCGGACAUCCUGGACCCGGCACUGAUGAGGCCAGGACGCUUCGACAGACAGAUUUAUAUCGGUCCUCCGGACAUCAAAGGCCGAGCGUCCAUCUUUAAAGUGCACCUGCGUCCUCUGAAGCUGGAGACGGAGCUGGACAAAGACGCUCUGGCCAGGAAGAUGGCCGCCCUCACACCUGGCUUCUCAGGCGCCGACAUCGCUAACGUCUGCAACGAGGCGGCUCUGAUCGCCGCUCGCCACCUUUCAGACGCCAUCAACCAGAAACACUUUGAACAGGCCAUUGAGAGAGUCAUCGGGGGUCUGGAGAAGAAGACUCAGGUGCUGCAGCCGGAGGAGAAGAAGACGGUGGCCUAUCACGAGGCCGGCCACGCCGUCGCCGGAUGGUUCCUGGAGCACGCCGACCCACUGCUAAAGGUGUCCAUCAUCCCCCGGGGGAAGGGUUUGGGCUAUGCUCAGUAUCUGCCCAGAGAGCAGUUCCUGUACACGGCUGAGCAGCUGCUGGACCGCAUGUGCAUGACUCUGGGCGGCCGCGUCGCUGAGGAAAUCUUCUUCGGACGCAUCACGACCGGCGCUCAGGACGACCUGCGCAAAGUCACUCAGAGCGCCUACGCACAGAUCGUCCAGUUUGGGAUGAAUGCGAAGGUGGGUCAGGUUUCCUUCGACAUGCCGCGGCAGGGCGAGAUGGUUCUGGAGAAACCGUACAGCGAGGCCACGGCGUGUCUGAUCGACAGCGAGGUCCGGGUCCUGAUCAGCGAGGCUCACCUGAGAACCCACCGGCUGCUGAGCGACCGCAAGACCGAGGUGGAGAAGGUGGCGCUGCGGCUGCUGGAGAAAGAAGUUCUGGAUAAAAGCGACAUGGUGGAGCUGCUGGGCAAACGUCCGUUUGCUGAGAAGUCGACGUACGAGGAGUUCGUGGAGGGAACGGGAGGUAUGGACGAGGACACGACGCUGCCGGAGGGUCUGAAGGACUGGAACCGUGAGAGGAAGGAGAAACCGGAGACUCCCGAGGAACAGGUGGCCCGGCAGAUCUCUGGAGGGAUGCCUUUCUGAAGAACUCUACUGCUAAUCUAAAGGAUCGUCUGUCUGGAGAACAUCAGGAGCUCUGAGAACAUUUCCUCUUCAGACUGUAGAGUUCUCACGCUUUCUGUUGGAUGUCUGCGUUCUACCCAUGACUUCAUCUGAUCAUAAUCACCUUCACGUUAUCACAUCUCUGGAGGGAACUCACCCUUAACUCUCAUACCCACCACUAUAGCCUCUUUCUGACCAGAGGGAUUUCUGCAGUUCCUAGAACAUACCGUUCCUAGAACAUACCGUUCCUAGAACAUACCGUUCCUAGAACAUUAUGUCC